AAUUUGCUUUCUCGCAAACAAGUCGUCUACUACUACCAUGCCCAUCCAGUCGAUCAAGGCCCGUCAGAUCUUUGACUCGCGUGGCAACCCCACCGUCGAGGUCGACCUCGUCACCGAGAAGGGCCUCUUCCGCGCCGCCGUCCCGUCGGGCGCCUCGACCGGCGAGUUCGAAGCCCUCGAGCUCCGCGAUGGCGGCAAGGACUACAUGGGCAAGGGUGUCUUGACGGCCGUCAAGAACGUCAACGAAAUCAUCGCGCCCUCGCUCAUCGGCAAGAACGAAGUCGAGCAGAAGGAGAUUGACCAGUACAUGGUCGAAGUCCUCGAUGGCACGCAGAACGAAUGGGGCUGGUGCAAGAAGAAGCUCGGCGCCAACUCGAUCCUCGCCGUCUCGCUUGCCGUCUGCAAGGCCGGCGCUGCCGCCAAGAACGUGCCGCUCUGGCAGCACAUUGCCGACCUCGCCGGCAACCCCACGCCGUGCCUCCCGGUGCCCUCGUUCAACAUCAUCAACGGUGGCUCGCACGCCGGCAACAAGCUCGCCAUGCAGGAAUUCAUGAUCCUCCCCGUCGGUGCCACCUCGUUCACCGAGUCGAUGAAGAUUGGUUCGGAGGUCUACCACCACCUCAAGAAGGUCAUCAACAAGCGCUACGGCCUGGACGCGACCGCCGUCGGUGACGAGGGUGGCUUUGCCCCCAACAUUCUCGAGAACGGCGAGGCCAUCAACCUCAUCAAGGAGGCCAUCGCCAACGCCGGCUACACUGACAAGGUCAACAUUGGCAUGGAUGUCGCUGCCUCGGAGUUCUACACGGGCAAGGAAGACGCUCGCUACAACCUCGACUUCAAGGACGCCAACGCCCCGGAAGACCAGAAGAUCUCGGCCGAUGCGCUCAUUGAAGUGUACAAGUCGUUCAUCGACCAGUGCAAGGACUCGAGCCCGAUCGUCUCGAUCGAGGACCCGUUUGACCAGGACGACUGGGCUUCGUGGAUCAAGUUCACGGAGGCCGUCGGCGACCACGUCCAGAUUGUCGGUGACGAUCUUACGGUCACCAACCCCACGCGCGUCAAGAAGGCCAUUGAGACCAAGGCUUGCAACGCCCUCCUCCUCAAGGUCAACCAGAUCGGCUCGAUCUGGGAGUCGAUCGAGGCCGUGACCAUGUCGAAGAAGGCCGGCUGGGGCAUCAUGGCCUCGCACCGCUCGGGCGAAACCGAGGACUCGUUCAUUGCGGACCUCGCCGUCGGCCUCAGCGCCGGCCAGAUCAAGACGGGCGCGCCGUGCCGUUCGGAGCGUCUCGCCAAGUACAACCAGCUCCUCCGCAUUGAGGAAGAGAUGGGCGAGGCCGCUGUCUACGCCGGCAAGAACUUCCGCAACGUCGACGCCCUCGGCAAGUACUCGACCUUCUAAAUGCCUUAUCCACUUUUGUGUUUGUUUCUUCGA